AUUUGUAUUCUGUUGUUUACAGAGCGAUCACAAUGGGGAAAGGAUGCAUGAAGGCAAUCAAGUACUUCCUGUUCCUCUUCAAUGUCCUCUUCUUCCUGUUUGGCGCCCUCAUCAUGGGGUUCGGACUGUGGGUCCUUCUGGACAAGGAGAGCUUCAUGGUCAUCCUGCAAGAGUCCUCCACAGUGCUGAAGAUAGCUUCCUACAUCCUGAUAGGUGUAGGUGGUCUCUCCAUGUUGAUGGGCUUCCUGGGUUGUCUGGGGGCUAUCUACGAGAUCCGCUGUCUGCUGGGCCUGUACUUCACCUGCCUGCUGCUGAUUCUGAUUGGUCAGGUGGCAGCCGGUGUACUCAUCUACUUCCAGAAGGACCUGGUGAGUGAUGUCACUUCCGGUUUACACCUGUUGUUGUUGGUCGGGUUCAGGAAAGAGAAACUUACUGAUUGUGGCUGAUAGAAAUACUGUGUA